UCAUUAUAAAAGAGCCGAUCAGACAACAUUACUGAGUAUCAGACACUAAGAUGAAGAAUUUGGCGAUUCUCUUUCUGAUUGCGACAGUGCUGCCCUCUGUCUGGACGAGAUCUCAUCAAGAAGCAGACGACACUUUGGUUGAACGAGAAGAUGACUUGGACAUCACCAGCCUAUCAGAAGAUGAAUUGAAUCAGUUUGUCGACGAAGCCCGCGAAAGCCUGAAAAGAGCUGCUGAGGAACUCUUUGACGACGAACCGGUGCAGUCGCAGACACCUGACAAACGGCAGAGGUUACCGCCCAGUCCUAAGUUCCCUGUCCCCAAGUUCAACUUCAAACCACCACCACCACUGUUCAAAACUAACUUCAACUUAGAGGAACUCUUUGAUGACGGACCUGUGAAGUCACAGACAGCUGAGAAACGGCAGAGGUUGCCAAGCAACCCUAGGAUCACUCUCCCCAGCUUCAAAGUACCACCACCCCCAGUUCCCAAGUUCCCGUUCAAAACUAACUUCAACUUAGGGAAAGGUUUUAGCUUCGGAAGCAAGGGAUUAUCGUUCCAGCAGGGAAAUUUCAAAGCAAACCCGAAACCAACGUUUUCAUUUGGGAAAUCCGGACUUAAAUUCACUGGCGGAAAAAUUAUAUUUCUGUUUCGUUAAAAGAACGUUAUUACUAUCUCUCCUUCAUAUCAUGGAGACAGAUGAUUAAAAAUGAUGAAUAAAUCUGGAAAUAAGUUAUUUUAGCAACUAA